AUGGCUACAGUGUUGUUAGGUGGACCAACCUACUGUAACCCAGACGACAGUGUUUGUCUUUCCCUGCUGUUGGUUAGUUUAUCCAGGGAGAUAAACCUUGAGGGCAGCCCCAGGUCUGACCAGCCCAGCGCAGGGAGCUGGUACCGCCUUCCCCUGCUGGGUCGGGCCUGUGGUCCCCCUGAUCGGUGCUGGGGCUGUGGUUGGUGGAACGUGGUUGGCUGGCCCUGCAGAACCCUGGACUGUUUGCUGAUUUGCCCUGUGAAAUCCCACACAAACUGUCUCUCUAAUGGACCAACAUCAACCCACCCCCACCACAGCCAGCAGCUCCCCACGCCCGACCAGCAGCUCCCACUCCCACCCCCACGCCCGACCAGCACCAGCAGCUCCCACCCCCACGCCCCACCACCAGCAGCAGCUCCCACGCCCACGCCCGACCAGCAGCUCCCACGCCCGACCAGCAGCUCCCACGCCCACGCCCGACCAGCAGCUCCCACGCCCACGCCCGACCAGCAGCUCCCACGCCCACGCCCGACCAGCAGCUCCCACGCCACCACCACAGCCAGCAGCUCCCACGCCACCACCACAGCCAGCAGCUCCCACGCCACCACCACAGCCAGCAGCUCCCACGCCCACCACAGCCAGCAGCUCCCACCCCCACGCCCGACCAGCACCAGCAGCUCCCACCCCCACGCCCGACCAGCACCAGCAGCUCCCACCCCCACGCCCGACCAGCACCAGCAGCUCCCACCCCCACGCCCGACCAGCACCAGCAGCUCCCACCCCCACGCCCGACCAGCACCAGCAGCUCCCACCCCCACGCCCGACCAGCACCAGCAGCUCCCACCCCCACGCCCGACCAGCACCAGCAGCUCCCACCCCCACGCCCGACCAGCACCAGCAGCUCCCACCCCCACCACAGCCAGCAGCUCCCACCCCCACCACAGCCAGCAGCUCCCACCCCCACCACAGCCAGCAGCUCCCACCCCCACGCCCGACCAGCAGCUCCCACCCCCACGCCCGACCAGCACCAGCAGCUCCCACGCCCCCCACAGCCAGCAGCUCCCACCCCCACCACAGCCAGCAGCUCCCACGCCCACGCCCGACCAGCACCAGCAGCUCCCACCCCCACCCCCACGCCCGACCAGCAGCUCCCACCCCCACGCCCGACCAGCACCAGCAGCUCCCACCCCCACGCCCGACCAGCACCAGCAGCUCCCACCCCCACGCCCGACCAGCAGCUCCCACCCCCACGCCCGACCAGCAGCUCCCACCCCCACGCCCGACCAGCAGCUCCCACCCCCACGCCCGACCAGCAGCUCCCACCCCCACGCCCGACCAGCCCCACCCCACGCCCGACCAGCAGCCCCCACCACAGCCAGCAGCUCCCACCCCCACCACAGCCAGCAGCUCCCACCCCCACCCCCACCACAGCCAGCAGCUCCCACCCCCACCACAGCCAGCAGCUCCCACCCCCACGCCCGACCAGCACCAGCAGCUCCCACCCCCACCACCAUCCACCCCCACGCCCGAUCAGCAACUCCCACCCCCACCACAGCCAGCAGCUCCCACCCCCACGCCCGACCAGCACCAGCAGCUCCCACCCCCACCACCAUCCACCCCCACGCCCGAUCAGCAACUCCCACCCCCACCACAGCCAGCAGCUCCCACCCCCACCCCCACCACAGCCAGCAGCUCCCACCCCCACCACAGCCAGCAGCUCCCACCCCCACGCCCGACCAGCACCAGCAGCUCCCACCCCCACCCCCACCACCAUCCACCCCCACGCCCGAUCAGCAACUCCCACCCCCACCACAGCCAGCAGCUCCCCGACCCCACGCCCGACCACCAAUUAUGUCCCAAAUGGAACCCCUUUCCCUACAUAGUGCACUACUAUUGACCUGGGCCCUGGAAUGA